CCCGGUGGAAGAGGUUGCAAAUUAAUUAGCUCAGAUCAUAAAAAAAAGGGGGGGUUUGAUAUAGCUAGGUGACAUAAUGAUAGAUCCACCUAAAUUUCUAUUUUUCUCCCUCUUGGCAUUGUUCAUUGCCAAUGCUAGUGCCCAUUCCCACCGCGCCGGCGCCGCCAUCACCUACGAUGGCCGGUCCAUGAUCAUCAAUGGUAGCAGGGAACUGCUCUUCUCCGGUUCCAUUCAUUAUCCACGCAGCACUCCUGAGAUGUGGCCUGAGCUGAUCAAGAAGGCUAAAGAAGGGGGUCUUAACCUCAUCCAAACAUAUGUGUUUUGGAAUAUCCAUGAACCUAUUCAAGGACAGUUAAACUUUGAAGGCAAUUAUGACUUGGUGAAAUUCAUCAAGAUGAUUGGAGACAAUGGAUUGUGGGUGACCCUUAGGCUGGGACCAUACAUUGAGUCGGAAUGGAAUCUGGGGGGAUUUCCAUACUGGCUAAAAGAGGUCCCAAACAUCACCUUCCGCUCUUACAACGAACCUUUCAUGUACCACAUGAAAAAGUACUCAGAGAUGAUCAUCAACAUGAUGAAGAAGGAGAAACUCUUUGCAGAUCAAGGAGGGCCUAUUAUCAUGGCACAGAUUGAAAACGAAUACAACAAUGUUCAACUAUCAUAUAGAGAAGAUGGUGAAAAAUAUAUAAAAUGGGCAGGGGAUAUGGCCGUUGGCCUCUACAAUGGUGUUCCAUGGAUCAUGUGCAAGCAGAAGAAUGCUCCAGACACAGUAAUUAGUACAUGUAAUGGAAGGCAUUGUGCAGACACAUUUACUGGUCCAAAUGGCCCUAACAAGCCAUCUCUAUGGACUGAGAAUUGGACUGCUCAAUAUAGAGUAUUUGGUGAUCCUCCGUCGCAGCGGUCAGCAGAAGAUCUAGCAUAUGCUGUGGCAAAAUUCUUUGCAAAAAAUGGCACCCUCAACAACUAUUACAUGUACCAUGGUGGAACCAAUUUUGGUCGAACAAGUUCAUCGUUCGUGACAACACGUUACUAUGAUGAAGCCCCCCUUGAUGAAUAUGGUCUGAAGAGGGAACCUAAAUUUGGUCACCUAAGAGACUUGCAUAGGGCUUUGAAAUUGAGCAAGAAACCUUUGCUGUGGGGCACUCCAAAGCUUCAACGUGUGUCUCAAAAUGUAAAGAUCACAACUUAUGAGAAAAAUGGGGGUAAAAUAUGUGCUGCAUUCUUGACAAACAACAAUAAGAGGGUAGCUGAGACAGUCGAAUUCCGAGGUGAAGAAUACUACCUCCCACCAAAGUCCGUCAGCAUUCUGCCUGAUUGCAAGACAGUCGUCUUCAACUCUCAGGCGGUUGUUGCACAACAUAGCUCUAGAAACUUCGUGGUGUCGAACACAGCCAAGUUGAGAGGGUGGGAGAUGUGGCGAGAGAGCGUCCCAACACAUGACAAGUUGGAAGUGAAAAGCGUCUCACCAAGAGAAUUGUAUUCUUUUACAAAAGAUACCUCAGACUAUGCAUGGUACAGCACAAGCAUUUACAUAGACGGAAAGGACUUGCCGAUGCGCCUUGAUGAUCUUGCAGUGCUUGAGGUUGCAAGCCUUGGCCAUGCGUUGCUUGCCUUUGUCAAUGGCCAAUAUGUUGGUUUCGGGCACGGUAGUAAUGUUGAAAAGAGCCAUGUAUUAAAGUCUCCGGUUACAUUUAAGGCUGGAAUCAACCACAUAUCUUUGCUAGCCAUGACAGUUGGACUUCCGAAUAGUGGAGCCUAUAUGGAAAAGAGAUUUGCUGGACCUAAAGCUAUCCUCAUUCAGGGCUUGAUGUCUGGAACUCUUGACAUAUCUAGAAAUGAAUGGGCCCAACAGGUUGGAGUAAAUGGGGAGAAGAUGGAAUUAUUCAGUGAGAAAGGAUCAAAGAAAGUGAAAUGGGCUCCCUUAGAUGGAAAUCUAGGUCCUCUCACUUGGUACAAGGCAUAUUUUGAUGCUCCGGAAGGAAAGGAGCCGGUGGCAUUAAGAAUGACAAGCAUGCAAAAGGGAGUGAUUUGGGUGAAUGGCAUAAACCUUGGCCGUUAUUGGGUGUCUUAUCUCUCAGCAACAAAAAAGCCUACUCAAGAAGAAUAUCACGUGCCGAGAGCAUACUUAAAGGAGAAGGACAAUCUAUUGGUCGUGAUGGAAGAAACCGGAGGUGAUCCCCAGAAGAUUGAGGUGUUGACGGUCAACAGAAACACGGUUUGUAGCGUGAUAACCGAGUACCACCCACCGACUGUCAAGUCAUGGGAGAGGAGAGACAACAAGAUUCGCGAGAUCUUCGACCCCGUGAGGGCUGCACAUCUCACUUGUCCCGAUAACAAGGUCAUCGGGAAAGUCGAGUUCGUGAGCUUCGGAGAAAACGAGGGCGCUUGUGGGGACUUCAUUCCGGGCCAAUGCGACUCCGCUAAUGCCCACAAAGUUGUUGAAGAGCUAUGUUUGGGGAAGAAAGGUUGCAUAAUUCCAUUUGAGAGAGAAUCGCUUAUUGAUCAUGGCAAAGAUUCAUGCCCUAAUGUGGCGAAAACGUUGGCAGUGCAAGUGGCUUGUACCUAAAUAAUUAACCUAACUUUCAUCUUUGUAUUAGUUUUGUACAUACCAAGCUAUUUUCUAGAUCCCAUUCGUCAUGAUUCAAUCUGCUAUAUGCAAUCAUCACCCAAUUUAUUGAACAUAUACUGUUUCAAUAUUAUGAUAUUAUCAU